CCAGUCCUCCGAGACGUUUUCAGUCUUCGAGUGCCGACCGUCCGAUUUGGUUCACAUACGCGUGCGUGUCAGUGUUUGGUGCUCGUAGUCAUAUAUCGUCAGUUUUGGAUUAACUAUUAUAAUGGAUAUUAUUACAAUGUCGUUGCUAUUAUUCAGUGCGUCCGUGAGUGUUCAAGUGUCGUUGCGAUGAAAACAAGUCAUUGUCGUUAUAAUUGUUCGUUGAUGUCUCUCGCGGCGGUCGUUUGACAUUCGUCGAUUUUUCUAAUGGUGUUCAGGUGAUCAAAAAGUGUUAUUAGUUUUUUUUUUUUCCCGCCGUCGCCAUAAUAUCGCGUACAAUGGCUCUGACGUACGCUACGGUGCUAAUGAGCUCGGUGCUGUUGGUCAUGUCUGCUUCGCUCAGCAAGACUUUGCGGCACAAACCGCCCAACGAGUGCGAGUGGAUGGCCGUUACCGCGUACGGUGACGAGUCCAUCAUGUCCCAGACGGUGUCCGACGAACAAGAAGUGGCCCUGCACUGCCGGGUGCGCACUAUGAAUUCCGAGCUGGAAAAGACCAAUUUCAGUAUAAUACAACCGCAGUACACGGUCAAGCUGAAGAUCGAGUGCAACGGGCAGCUGUACUUGCUCAGCUCGCUCGGCAUCGGCACGUUCCAAACGCUCAUCGAUCUCAAAGAGCUGUCCAUCGAGUCGUGUAAAUUAAACAACUUGUCGCCCGAGUCUUUCCGCGGCCUGAGACAACUGCGUAACCUCACCGUCGUUACCCACAACAACGACUGGCCGUCGGUCAGCAUGCAACUGCAGUCCGACACGUUUCUCGAUGAGCUCAGCAUGCUGGAACGGCUGGACCUGAGCCACAACAACAUGGUCAAGCUGCCCGAGGGCGUGUUCUGCUCCUUGCAGAAUUUAAUGUACCUGAAUUUGACGCGAAAUCGGCUGAGACACUUGGAGUUGUUCCACUUCGGUUCGUCCGGCCAACACAAGUGCGGCGCCGACCUGACCGUACUCGACCUGUCCUACAACAAUUUCGAUUCCGUCAACUCGCAAGUGUUCUCGCAUUUGGCCAACUUACAAGAGCUGUACUUGCAGGGCAACGUGUUGUCCGUGAUCGGCGACCACGGGUUCGACGGCCUAUCCGCGCUGAACGUCCUGAACCUGGCGUCCAACAGACUGGUCAACUUAGCUCCCGAACUGUUCGCCGACUCGCGCGACUUGCACGAGAUGUACUUGAACAACAAUUCCAUCAACGUGCUGGCGCCCGGCCUUUUCAACGACUUGUCUCAGCUGUUGAUUUUGGACUUGUCCGAAAACCAGCUGACCGAAGAAUGGGUAAACGCGGCCACGUUUACCGGCCUGGUCCGCCUCGUGAUUUUGAGCCUGUCCAACAACAACAUCACCAAGUUGGACUCGAUGAUCUUCCGCGAUCUGUUCCGUCUCCGGUCGUUGCGUCUCGACAACAACGGCGUACAGUUUUUACCGGAGAACAUGUUCUCCUCGCUGACCGACAUGAGAACGCUGGUGCUGUCCAGCAACAAAUUGACUCGCGUCGAUCAGUAUACGUUCGACGGGUUGCCCUCGUUAAAUCAACUUUCGCUGGACAACAAUCAGAUACAGUACAUCGAUCCCGAGGCGCUCAGGAACUCUACCGAUUUGGAGUACCUGCACUUGAACGGCAACAAAUUGUACGACGUUCCGGCCGUGUUGAACAACGUGCCCAAUUUAAAAACGCUCGACUUGGGUUACAAUCAGAUCACGGACAUUUACAACACGUCGUUCCCGGUCAUGAACCAGCUGAUCGGAUUGAAACUUUUGAAAAAUCAAAUUUCAAACGUGUCCAAAGGCGUUUUCGAUCGUCUGCCCGAACUACAUCUGAUCAACUUGGCCAACAACAAAAUACACAAAAUCGAUGCCGGCACUUUCGACAACAACACGCGUCUAGUGGCCGUCAGGGUGGACGGCAAUUACUUGCGUGACGUCAGCGGGCUGUUCUCCAAACUGUCCAAUCUCGUUUGGCUCAACAUUUCGGAAAACUUGCUGGAGUGGUUCGACUACGCGCUCGUACCGAACGGCCUGCAAUGGCUAGACGUGCACGGCAAUCAAAUCACCGAGUUGGGUAACCACUACGAACUGGAAACCCAAUUGACCGGCUUCGACGCCAGCAACAACAAGCUGACCGAAAUCACCGGCAGCUCCAUUCCGGACAAAGUACAAAAUCUAUACUUGUCCAACAAUCAGAUAUCGAAAAUUCAGUCGUACGCUUUUUUCAAAAAACCCAAUCUCACUCAAGUGGACUUGACCGGCAACCGACUGAAGACGCUCAACCCUCAGUCGCUGAGGAUAUCGACCAUACCGCCGGGGAGACCAAUGCCUCAGUUCCAAAUCGGCAACAACCCGUUCGUUUGCGAUUGUUCAAUGCAAUGGCUGCAAUCGUACAGCGUCGAGCCCGACCGAAACAAGCCAAAGUUGGUCGACUUGGACACCGCCACUUGCGAAGUGAUCUACAACCGCGGCGAGUCUCGGGUGUUGUUGAAAGAGGCGUCGGAAGAUCAAUUCCUCUGCCAAUACGAAAUGGAAUGCGCAAAACGCAGCACUUGCGACUGCUGCGAUUUCGACGCCUGCGACUGCAAAAUGAUCUGCCCGACCAACUGUACUUGUUUUCACAGCGUCAGCUCCGCUUCGAACGUUGUCGACUGUUCCAUUGCGGGUUACGUGAACCGCGUGCCCGACAAAAUACCGAUGAACGUCACAGUUCUCUACUUGGACGGCAACACCAUAAAAACGUUGAGUUCGCACAGNUUGGACGGCAACACCAUUAAAACGUUGAGUUCGCACAGUUUUUUGGGCCGCAAAAUUUUAAAGGUCCUUUAUCUGAACUCGUCCAACGUGGAGCGCGUACAAAACCGCACGUUCCUCGGGCUAAAGGAGCUCGAAGUUCUUCAUNGCGUACAAAACCGCACGUUCCUCGGCCUAAAGGAGCUCGAAGUUCUUCACUUGGACGAUAACCGCAUUUCAACGUUGUACGGCGACGAGUUUUACGGUUUGGACAAACUAAAGGAACUGUACUUGAAUCACAACAGGAUUACGUACAUAAACAGCACUACGUUCAGGUUCCUGCAGCAGCUGUCCGUUUUGCGAUUGGACCACAACCGUAUCGCUCAGUUCCCGGUGUGGCGGUUGUCGCCGACGCUGACUCAGCUCACGCUGGCCGAGAACCCAUGGAGUUGCAGUUGCGAUUUCGUCCAACAAAUGCGCGAGUUCCUGCAGUACGCGGCCGACGCCGUCGUCGACGACGAACAGGUGCGGUGCAUCGAUCACUCGGGCGGUUUUUACAUGUUCAGUGACAACACGACGGCGUGCGGACCGACCACGCCGAUGAACGAAAAACAGUUCAACGGGUCGUCCAACUCUAUCGAAGGGGCGUUGAACGGCGGCAAUCUGACGGUGCCCACAAAAACAAUAGUUCAACGCACCGACUUCCAGGACUACGUACCCAUAUUGAUAGUUUCGUUCUCGGCAGUGUUCUUCAUCGUCGUGGCCGCCAUGAUGGUGUACGUUUUCCGUCACGAAAUGAAAGUGUGGUGCCACUCGCGGUUCGGCGUCCGCAUAUUCUGCAAGAACACCGAGUUCGAGAUGGACGAACGCGACAAGCUCUUCGACGCGUUCGUCAGCUACAGCUCCAAGGACGAGGCGUUCGUUGUCGAGGAGUUGGCGCCUAUUCUGGAAAACGGCGAUCCGUCGUACAAGUUGUGCUUGCACUACAGAGAGUUCCCCGGAGGUGGUUACAUUACCGACACCAUUUCCCAAGCCGUCGAGUCGUCCAAACGCACCAUCAUGGUGCUGUCCGAAAACUUCAUCAAAUCGGAAUGGUGCAGGUACGAAUUCAAGGCGGCCCAUCAUCAGGUGCUCCGGGACAAGAGGAAGAGACUGAUAGUUAUACUUCUGGGAGAGGUGCCCAACAAAGAUCUCGACCCGGACAUCCGUCUGUACCUCAAGACCAACUCGUACUUGCAAUGGGGCGACAAACAUUUCUGGGAGAAGCUCAAGUUCGCGCUUCCGGACGUGCCAAACAACCAGAAGCCGAAAAACUUCAACCACAAACAUCAUCACCAUCACCAUCACCACCACAGGGGUGUACACAACAACUAUUCAAGACCGCUUGCCAUUCACAUAUGAUAAUUAUACGGUAUGAAUACUUAUGUUGCCUUUAUAACUUAAAAACACAUUUGUGAUAUUAGAUACCUAGUGACUUAACUGUAAAUUUAAUAAUUAUAUUUUAAUCCAAUUGUAAAGUGUACAAAAUCGUGGCCAAGAAUGCCAACCAUUCCUGAAUAAUCAUAAUUAUUUUGUAAUAAAUGUUUUUUUUUUUAUAACCUCUUAUUAUAAACUUUUAUUUUGUAUAAAGAUUAAUGUAAAUAACAUAUUAGAGUCCUACUCCGAGUCAUUACUAUUAGGAUAGAAAUUAUUUGUUUCUUGAAUUUCAUUGUUUCGUUUCAACACUAAAAAAUUCCGAGUACAUAAAAUAUAAGUAUUUUAAUCAAAUCAAUUUGAAUAAUUAACUAUAAACCGAUAUUUGUAUACUUUCUACUAUGAUGUUUUUUUACAAUAAAUUAUAUUUAACUUGAAAAAAGAAAAUAUUUUUAUUUAUAUACACACAUGUAUACAUUAUUAAUAAAAUUAAUGUUAUCAUAAAAGGUUUAUAGUUAUAUUUAUAACAACGAUUUUAACUGUAUGUCGCGGGGUUAGUUACCUAGUCUAAGAUAUUUUAUGUACUUUUGGUCUUUUAAAUACAUUUAUAUAUAGCCAGACUUGUAAAUUUUCAAAAAUAGAACAUGUUUGUAAACGACGGAGAAAUGCCAUUUUUUCAUUUGUUUAAUUAUUAUUUAUUUUUUUUUUUUUUUGUAAGAAGACUAUAAUUUCUAGAUAUUAGAAAAUUGUUGUGAUAUAGUGUUUGUUAAUUUAAUUGACUGAAAUUCGUUAAGAAAAACGAUUGUUCAGUGAAAUAAAACAAAAAUAAUUAAUUUAAA